GGCGGCGGCGGCGGCGCGGGCGGCGGGGGCGCCUCGGCCGGGGCGGCAGCGGGGCGCCGGCGGGAGCCAGCAGCGUCUGCAGCCGCGCUGGCCGCCCGCGCCCCGGCGCGCUCCGGCUCGGCCAUGGAGCUGCCAGCUGUUGGCGAGCACGUCUUCGCGGUGGAGAGCAUCGAGAAGAAGCGGAUCCGCAAGGGCAGAGUGGAGUAUCUGGUGAAAUGGAGAGGCUGGUCCCCCAAAUAUAACACGUGGGAACCCGAGGAGAACAUCCUGGAUCCCCGGCUGCUCAUCGCCUUCCAGAACAGGGAACGGCAGGAGCAGCUAAUGGGAUAUCGGAAGAGAGGGCCGAAGCCCAAACCGCUGGUGGUGCAGGUACCUACCUUUGCGCGUCGUUCCAAUGUGCUGACGGGACUCCAGGAUUCCUCUGCAGACAACCGCGCCAAGCUGGAGCUGGGCAGUCAGGGCAAGGGCCAGGGGCACCAGUACGAGCUCAACAGCAAGAAGCAUCACCAGUACCAGCCGCACAGCAAAGAGCGGGCAGGCAAGCCCCCACCACCUGGCAAAAGCGGCAAAUACUACUACCAGCUCAACAGCAAGAAGCACCACCCCUACCAGCCUGACCCCAAAAUGUAUGACCUGCAGUACCAGGGCGGCCACAAGGAGGCGCCCAGCCCCACCUGCCCGGACCUAGGCGCCAAGAGCCACCCGUCCGAUAAGUGGGCCCACGGCGGGGGGGCCAAGGGCUACCUGGGAGCUGUCAAGCCCCUGGCUGGUGCGGCCGGGGCACCAGGCAAGGGCCCUGAGAAGGGUCCCCCCAAUGGGAUGACGCCGGCCCCCAAAGAGGCGGUGACGGGCAACGGUAUUGGGGGCAAGAUGAAGAUCGUCAAGAACAAGAACAAGAAUGGGCGCAUCGUGAUCGUAAUGAGCAAGUACAUGGAGAACGGCAUGCAGGCCGUGAAGAUCAAAUCCGGUGAGGCGGCGGAGGGCGAGGCGCGCUCCCCCAGCCACAAGAAACGGGCUGCCGAGGAGCGUCACCCUCCCGCCGAAAGGACUUUCAAAAAGGCCGCGGGGGCAGAGGAGAAGAAGACCGAAGCGCCCUCCAAGAGGAGGGAGGAGGAGGCGCCGGGGGCCGGGGACCCGCAGCCCCAGGAGGCCGGCUCCCGCAAGCUCUCCCCGACCAAGGAGGCCUUCGGCGACCAGCCCCUACAGCUCACCACCAAGCCCGACCUGCUGGCCUGGGACCCGGCCCGCAGCACACACCCGCCCUCCCAUCACCACCACCAUCACCAUCACCACCACGCCGUCGAUCUGAAUCUCUCCCACGCGCGUAAGCGCUGCCUCUCGGAGACACACGGCGAGCGAGAGCCCUGCAAGAAGCGCCUUACUGCGCGCAGCAUCAGCACCCCCACCUGCCUGGGGGGCAGCCCAGCUGCCGAGCGCCCCGCAGACGUGCCCCCAGCCGCCGUCCUCCCGCAGCCGGAGGUCAUCCUGCUGGACUCAGACCUGGACGAGCCCAUAGACUUGCGCUGCGUCAAGACGCGCGGCGAGGCCGGGGAGCCGCCCAGCACCCUCCAAGUGAAGCCUGAGGCCCCCGCGACCCCUGCAGUGGCAGCUGCGCCGGCAACAGCGGCAGAAAAGCCUCCGGCUGAGGCCCAGGACGAGCCCGAGGAGCCACUGAGCGAGUUCAAGCCCUUCUUUGGGAAUAUAAUUAUCACCGACGUCACCGCGAACUGCCUCACCGUCACGUUCAAAGAAUACGUGACGGUGUAGCGAAAGGGCCUCGAAAGGGAAAGCGCCGAACCCGCCAGGGCUUAGCACCUGGGGCCUGGGGGCGGACUCCUCCUCUCUCCAACUGCGAGAGUUCCCGGCCCGGCCCCAGCGCGAAAACGCCGGAAGCCGCGGCAACCGCGUCCCUCCGUCGGGUCCCGGCUGGGGCGCCCGGCCGGCGCUGGCACCGUCCACGCCGUGCCUGCGGGUCUCGCCCACCCAUCUGCCCCCAUCCCCUCUCUCGUGGACCUCCGGGACUGACAGGGCAGCCACUUGCAGAGGUCUCAGAGUUAUAGUAUUAUAUUUUAACCGUGCUAACUUGUCAAGUGCAGACUUUACUCCCGUUUGUACGUGGUGUUAUUAUUGAAAUGUAUUGUUUGAGCUCAAAAGGCCCACCAACCCCUUCGGGCUGAUAUAUAUAUAUUUAUUUGUAGGUAUUUAUAUAUUGAAAUAUAAAAACCUAGAUUUAUGGAGUUUCCUCUAGAUCAUGUUAUAUUCUAUAUCAAACAAACUAUUUUCUGUUGACCUUUCUACCCGUUCAUUCAGUAUUUCGGUUUAUUUCAUUUCUUCUCCUUCCAGGAACUGCAAUACCAGUAACCUUGGUAUAUAUUUUUUGAUACUGUACACAUGGAUGUGUUGUUUCUAUGUGCAAAAAAAAAAAAAAAGUUUGUUAAAAGGCUAAACGAGCUCUCUAGAAACUGCUGCUACUAGAAAUGUCUAAACUAUAAGCUUCCAAUUAUUACCUGCUUGAAUGUAAAUAUUAAAUGGAGAUGUUGAAGGUGCA